AUUAAUCAUUCCUGCUAAGAGAGGUAAUCACAUAAUUAUUUAACAUUAUUAUCAAUUAAAUAAGUUUUAGAUCAUAUAAUUAAAAGUUGAUAUCAUGAUAUCAGGAGCAUUGAUACUAGAAAUAUUAGUAUUAUCCAUUCUGAUGGGGGUAAUUACUUUUAUAGGGGGUAUAUUACCUGUAAGAUUAUCUAUUUCAAGUAAUAGGAUAAGAGAAUUUUCUCAAUUAAGUACAGGGAUUUUAGUUGGUACAUUACUUGUAUUGGUAAUACCUGAAGGUGUUCAAACAUUAAUUAGUGAAGAAGGUAUAUCUCCAAUAAAUAUAAACUAUAUCGGAUUUUCACUUUUGCUUGGCUAUGUUACAAUGUAUUUAAUAGAUAAUUAUGCAAUUUUAACAGCCGAUAUAAAGCUUCCAUUUAAGAUAAAAUCACAACCAUUUUCAGGACGAUCCAAUGAAAGAAUUGAAUCAGUAUUUCAUUCCACCGUAACUUUAGGAUUAAUUAUUCAUUCAGUAGUUGAUGGAAUUGCUCUUGGAACAUCAUAUUUAAAGGAAGAUUUACUAUUGGAAUUUGUUUUCUAUUUAGUAAUUGUUCUUCAUAAGCUUCCUACAGCUUUUAGUUUAACUUCAAUAUUAAUUAAAGAAGGUUAUAAUAAGAAGGAUAUUCAAUUCCAUCUAUUAUUAUUUUCAUUAUCUACCCCAGUAUCAUCUAUAUUAAUGUACCUUUUCUCGAUAUUAACUGGAUUAAAUAAUCAAUUCAUGCUUGGGGUAUUCUUCUUAUAUUCAGCAGGAACAUUUUUAUAUGUUGUUAAUCAUGUUAUGCUGGAAUUACAUAAUUUUCAUCAUGGACCAGAAUUAGUAUCAAUUCCUCCAUUAUCUGCUGAUACAAGUGAAUCUACUUAUCUGGACAAUUUAGUAAAGAGAGAUAUACUUAUAUAUUUCUUAGGAUUAUCUUUACCAACGAUUUUAGCAUUACUAGGUAUUGACUAAGGAUCU